AUGUUCGACAAACACCAACAAGACCCGCCUUCCCAAGCAGCCAGUUCCGAGGCCUAUGCUGAGAACUGUGCCGAGCUGUCCGCCGACGAUUCAACCGACGACCCCGCCCCCGACCAUAACGAUGCCUCCAGCCAAAACGCAGCUUCUGAUGACGAAGCUUGCAAUGACGAAUGUUCCGAUGACGCCAUGACAGACGACUCAGCUGAGCAUGAAGACGAGAGGGACGUCCUGUCCCUGGAUGCAAUCUCGAGCUUUGCUGAAGAAGAGAUUGAUCGCAUGUUCGGGGCCCGCACGUCAAUCGAGAUCACCACCCUGGCUGUGAAGCUUCUGCGGGCGACAAGUCAAGACUACAUUUCGAAGAUCUUCGCCACCGCUGACAUGUUCUCGCGACACUCUGGCAGAGACAUCGUGGCACUUCGUGAUCUCAGAAUGGCUCAAGAAGUCGCUCGCUUGUGGGGUGGCCAGCAGCACUCCGAAGACCGCGCCGCCACCGAGAUAUCCCGCAUUGCUCCACGCGCUCCCGACCCGGAUCACAAUCUAUCCACGAGCGCAAGCGCUUAUGAUGACGGGGUUCCUUCCAGCAGUCUGGGAUGGGUCACGGAGGAAGAUUCAAUGACCAACUACGCCACAAGAUCUCAGCUUCUGUCGAGCAUCGCCACUUCGUCCGCUGGGGAAGAGGUUUCCAUGUCAGAUGUCAACGACGAUGAUCCAGAAACCAACAACGUCGACAUGUCAUCCAUUGAUGGCAACAUCUCAGACCCGGAUCCUUACAAAGCAUGGUUCCCAUCAUAUGAAGAAUCCUCCCACAGCGAAGAUGAGCCCGCUUCCAACGCCGCCAUCAACCAGCAAGACGAAGGGGAAGCCGUUUCCUCGUAG